ACUGCCACUUUCUUUCCACCGCGUCGUUUCUCUCAUCGUUCUAAAAGAGAGAAAAAAAGAAAAAAAGAAAAAUUUCUAGAGAGAAAACCCUAUAUAGGUAUCUUUCUCCUCACCUCAUAAUCGUCGACAUCAUCAUCCGAUUCAAAUCCCCAACUCUAAUCAUCUCCCACCAUUUUUCAGUCUCUCUCUAUCAAUUCCUCGAAUUCACUUCCGAAAGAGUCUGUUUGUAGAAGAAUCUCAGGACGAACCUUCCUUCCAUGAACUCCAUAGUUUCUUAGCUAUACAACAAUGUCGGACACAGCCACAGCCGAGAAGAACCCCCUGGCGUCGCCGACGAGCUCUCGGUCGGUGACGGAGACAGUGAACGGCUCUCACCGGUUCGAAAUCCAAGGCUACUCUCUGGCCAAAGGCAUGGGCGUUGGGAAGCACAUCGCCAGCGACAAUUUCACGGUGGGUGGGUACCAGUGGGCCAUCUACUUCUAUCCGGAUGGGAAGAACCCGGAGGACAAUUCGACAUACGUUUCGGUUUUCAUCGCGUUGGCGAGCGAGGGCACUGAUGUGAGAGCGUUGUUCGAAUUGACUCUGGUUGAUCAAAGUGGGAAAGGGAAGCAUAAGGUUCACAGCCAUUUCGAUCGCUCACUGGAGAGCGGGCCGUAUACGUUGAAGUACAGAGGCAGCAUGUGGGGAUACAAACGUUUUUUUAGAAGAGCUUUGCUUGAAUCUUCAGAUUAUCUUAAAGAUGAUUGCUUGAAAAUCAACUGCACUGUUGGAGUUGUAGUUUCUGCAAUAGACUGUUCAAGACUAUACUCAAUUCAGGUUCCGGAUUCAGAUAUUGGAGCACAGUUUGGUAUUCUACUGGAAAAUAUGGAAGGUUCAGAUGUUAUUUUUAACGUGGAUGGGGAAAAUUUUCACGCUCAUAAGUUGGUAUUGGCUGCUCGUUCCCCUGUAUUUCGAUCUGAAUUUUUUGAUGGAUUAGAGGGUGAUAAGCAGGAGAUUGUUGUUUCAGAUAUGGAACCCAAGGUUUUCAAGGCUAUGCUGUAUUUCAUAUACAGAGAUGCUCUUAUGGAAGAUGAGUUGUUAGCUUCGAGUUCAUCUUGUGCAUCAUCUGUAUCUGACACAUUAACGGCAAAAUUGUUAGCAGCAUCUGAUAAGUAUGAGCUCGGAAGACUCAGACGGAUGUGUGAGUCUCACCUCUGCAAGGAUAUUUCUGUCAACUCUGUUGCAAAGACACUAGCUUUGGCAGACCUUUAUCAUGCCACAGAACUAAAAGCUGUUUGUCUAAGAUUUGCAGCUGAAAACCUUGCAGCGGUUAUGCGGUCAGACGGCUUUUUGUAUCUUAAAGAUAACUGCCCGUCUCUGCAGUCAGAGCUGCUAAAGACGGUAGCAGGUUGUGAGGAGGAUUGUAGCAGUGGAGGUGGAAAGUCUCGAAGUGUUUGGGCCCAACUUUCUGAUGGUGCUGAUACCAAUGGCAGGAGGGUAAGACAGAGGACCUGACUUUUGGAUAGGAAAUUGAUGGUUGCUGUUUUCGUGUAACACAUUAUGAUUGUGUCAAGAAAAGGUGAUUUUGAACAGAGUGCUAACAUGACAACAGGAAGAUUAAUUCCUUAGCUUUUCUUCCAUGGCCUUCAUGAAAUGCUGUUGUACUCACAGAACACUACUGGUUGAUGUUAAUGGCAAUGUUUUCACUGUAACCUGACUUUAAGGCUGUUUUUUGUUGUAGUUUAAUGCGUCUCCAGACUUGGUCAUAUAAAAUUCCAAGUGCCAUUUUCUUUGCAACGCUGGCUACAAAUUCUCACUCUGAAGUUCCUAAAAUGGCCGUAUCUAUAAAUUAUUUUUUGUAACAAGAUAUUAAUCUGUUUGCAUUUA